AUGGCCGGGUUCGGUUGGCAGCACUGUUGCGUGCGACGGGACCGGAGGAAUUGGCCCGCUGGUCUGGCGUUGAGGGAAAUUUUGACAUAUUUAAUGGUUUUACGUAUGCAGAUUUGGCGGCAGGAGCAAGAGGCACACCUUGAAUGUGUGGAGGGUGUUAAGACACGAAUUUUAACAUUAAAUUUUAAAGUCGGAAUUAGGGCGAUUAUGGCACGGCGGAAUGAACUUCAACCUAUCGAAGAAGUGACGGAGGAAGUGAAUUCUACGGCCCGGCAUCCCUUAGAAAAUGUAUAUAAUGAAGUUUCGAAAAUGGUGGAAAAUGGGCCCAAAUUUGAUGAAAUAGGGGUUUAUUCUAAUGUCGCCUCGCUUAUGGCAAAAUACAAUGAUCUCUGUGCCUUAGUCCAACAAGACAAGCCUGACAUAAUCUUAUUAGCCGAAACUUGGUUGACUUCUUCUAUACCUGACGGGAUGGUUUCAUUAAACGGUUAUACGCUCUUUCGCAGAGACCGAAUAGGCAGUAAAGGAGGGGGUGUUUGUAUAUACUUAGCUGACGAAGUGCUUUCAACCUUUCAUGUCAGCAAUAUCCCCACAAAGACACCUGGUACUGAGUCACUAUUUCUCAAAUUAUCAAAUAAAGACACUACCCUUCUGCUAGGGUGUAUCUACAGACCUCCCUCCUCGGUCGUGGACAAUGAUAAAAUUCUAGUAGAAUCUCUAUCCCAUUUAGCAGACAGCUAUGCAACACUACUUCUUUUCGGUGACUUUAACAUGCCAGAUAUAACUUGGCCUAUUGAUCCUAGGUGCAGUUACAAACCCUCCUCGCAACUUUUUGUCGACCUUCUGACUCAUAGUCAUCUACGUCAGUUAGUAACUCAACCCACGAGGCAUAGACUUAACCAAAACCCCUCCACUCUUGAUCUGAUUGUUUGCUCCGACGACCAUUCCCUGACAAAUCUUGACUAUCUAGCUCCUAUUGGUAUUUCAGACCACUCAACCCUAAAAAUAGAUCUACAAAUCUGCCAGUCUCCUCCACGAAGGACUGUCUCGUUUACGAGGACAGUAACAGACUACCGGGCAGUAAACAAUGACCUAGCUAAAACAAACUGGGAAGCGCUACUUUCUGAUGAAUCUAUUGUCAAGAACUGGAGCACCUUUAAAAACACUCUACAGAGUCUCCUUCACCGUCACACUAAAUCCUAUUUCGUGAAACACUCGUCAACUAAACCAUGGAUUAAUGGCAGGCUUCUUCAACAAAUAAAUAGAAAACGAGCCCUGUGGCGUACAUAUAAAAGAUCCGGCUCUGAAUUAGACUACAGAAUUCACAGAGAGUUUUCUAAUAGACUGUCGACAGCCAUCAAAGAAGCUAGGUGUGUCUACGAAAAAAACGUAGCCGAAGCUAAAGACGCUAAAAAAUUGUACAAGUACAUACGAACAAAGUUUACCGGUCCUGUUUCCACUCCGCGGCUCAAAAAUACAUUCGGGGAGGUACUGGAUAAUAAUAAAAUAAUAGCGGAUACUUUCGCUGACGCCUUCUCUAACGUGUUCACGAUAGAACCCUCAGGUUGCUUACCAAAGCUGAAUAAUAUAUGCAAACCUAUUUCUUUUAGCGACAUUUCGUUCACAACAGACGUCGUCCACAAAAAAUUAAAGCAAUUAAAGGUAUCCAAAUCUCCUGGCCCCGACCUCAUAACCGCCAAAACUUUGCAUGAAUGCGCUGAUACUCUCAGCGAAGUACUGUGUUUCCGGUACUCUGCCUACUGA